AUGAUGCCGAACGCGCACCUCUACGGAGGUCAUCACCAGCAAUACACGCCUCAGGACUCGGCGUGGAUGCACCCGCAUCACCAGCAGCAAGCAGCCGUCGCCGCCGCCCAGCAGCAGCAGCAGCAGCAGCAGCAGCAACAGCAGGCGCAGCAACAGCAGGCGCAGCACCAGCACCAGCACCAACAGCAGCAAGCACACCAACAGCAGCAACAACACCAGCAACACCAGCAGCAGCAGUACAGCCACAUUGCCAACCGGCAACACGGCGCGGCGGGCGCGCUGGGCGGUGUGGGCGUCAAUGCCGGUGUCGGUGCUGGUGCCGUGGCCCCUGGCGUCGGCCAUGGCGGUCCCGACGGCGCGCUCGACGGCGUGUCGGAGGACAACCGCCGCACGAUGAGCUACAUUGCCGACUUGCUGAACGAGAACACGCGGGAGGCGGCCCUGCUGGAGCUCAGCAAAAAGCGCGAACAGGUGCCGGAGCUGGCCCUUAUAUUGUGGCAUUCAUUUGGCGUCAUGACCUCGUUGAUUCAGGAGAUCAUUUCGGUGUACUCGCUUCUUAAUCCGUCGCAGCUCACCGCGGCUGCAUCGAACCGUGUCUGCAACGCGCUGGCGCUCCUCCAGUGCGUGGCCUCGCACAACGACACGCGCACGCUGUUCCUGAGCGCGCAUAUCCCCCUCUUCCUCUACCCGUUCCUCAACACGACGUCCAAGUCGCGGCCGUUCGAAUACCUUCGCUUGACAAGUCUUGGCGUCAUCGGAGCGUUGGUUAAGAAUGACUCCUCCGAGGUGAUCAAUUUCUUGUUGACGACCGAGAUCAUCCCUCUGUGUCUCCGCAUCAUGGAGACCGGCUCGGAGCUUAGCAAGACGGUGGCCAUCUUCAUCGUCCAAAAGAUCCUUCUCGACGACAACGGCCUCAACUACAUCUGCGCCACCUACGAGCGCUUCUACGCCGUCGGCACCGUCCUCAGCAACAUGGUUGGACAGCUGGUCGAGCAGCAGACGGCCCGCCUUCUCAAGCAUGUCGUGCGCUGCUUCCUGCGCCUGUCCGACAACGCCCGCGCCCGCGAGGCCCUACGCCAGUGCCUCCCCGAACCGCUACGUGACGCGACCUUCUCGUCCGUCCUUCGCGACGACGCGGCCACUAAGCGCUGCCUAGCUCAGCUGCUGAUCAACCUGUCCGAUAACAUUGUUGAUGCGGGAUCCGGCCACCCUUCCAUCUAG